AUGUCAGAGAUCUAUCAAGGGGGUCAGUUGACUAUAACCGCGGUUCAAUCCGCAGACAGUUCACAGGGCUGUUUUCUUUCAAAUGAGAAUAUUGCCAAAAGUGAUCAACUCUUCUUCCACACUCGACCAGGUACCUCAGGGGGCCAUAGCAGCAUGGUCCGUGUCUACCGCGGCGAUAUCAGGACUACUGCUAUGACUAGCAGUGUGAUUAGCACCCGUGGCUGGACCUUACAGGAGCAGCUGCUCUCACUUAGGAAUGUCUUUUGCAUGGAUCCUGACAUUCACUGGCAAUGCCAAGCCGGAUAUCAGACACAGACUGGUAUUUUGUUCGAGCCAAAUGGGUCUCUUAGCAAUUGGGAUAUUGCUAUUCCAUUGCGAGGGCCUCCCUCGGCCGGGGGGUUAUACCGCACUGCCUGGCGACGUAUCAUCGAAAACUACUCACUGCGCGAGUUCACCCGUGUUCACGAUAGGAUUCCCGCCAUCGCGGGUCUAAUACACCAUUUCGCGUCCACAUUGAAAGAUACACCAAUACUAGGGCUAUGGGGAAAGUCUUUCGCCAGGGACCUGGCCUGGUUGCGCGGCCGUGGUAGACCUCAAUUAUCCGGCAUCUCAAAAUUUCCCACAUGGACAUGGUUUGCGUGUCAAGGGUGUGUUUUGUACACUAUAGGGGAUAAGUAUGAAGAGGAGCCACAGCAAACGGGAAGUCUAAAUCUCUUGGACUGGAUAGUGGAAUGGGACAGCACGUCCUACACAUCGCCCCUAAGGCGGAGCUUUGUACGUGUCCAAGGUUCAGUGCGGGAGAUCCCAAUAAGGCCAUUUGCAGAUGGGAACCUUCAUGUACCGCCAUAUUUUCAAGUAUUUAACGAAGACUUGCAACGUACAUCGAAAACCCGCCUCCCUUGGCGAUGCGCUGGGAGAUUCGAUGGUGGCGACGAGGUUGCACCGGCUACUCACUUGUGCCUCCUUUUGUUUUCCGAGACCCGCCGUUCUAACCCAGGAUAUGUGUAUGAGACAUUUCUGAUCUUGAAGGCGGUCAAAGGACAAUGUACUGAGAUAUACACUCGUGUGGGAUUGGCAAGAAUAUGGGGACAACUCCCAACUUUUGACUCCACCAAGAUAAUGACGAUUGUUUUGAUCUAA